AAACUGAUCCCAAAACCAGAACAUUCCUUCACUUUCCGCAUGCCUGAAACAUUUACCGCCGAACCUUGCAUCAUCUAUGGUUGUGAUGGUGAUGGUGUCACUCUGCCCUGUUACCUCUAUCCUAAAAAGAGUGUUAUUUCCAUGGAGAUCAGGUGGUUUAAGGGAACAGACUGUAUUUGUUUGUACCAGAAUGGGCAGGUGAAAGAAGGGAAGGACUAUGAGGGCAGAGUGAGUCUGUUCACCCACGAGCUGGAGGAGGGAAACAUGUCUCUGAUGCUGAGGAAUGUUCAAGAGUCUGAUGGUGGAGAGUACAAAUGUGAGAUGACUCAUCGAAAACAUAAGAUGGAAAACAAUGGUGUCUACCUACAAAUGUCAGAAUUCAAGCUGGUUCACAGAACUGAGGAUGUCGGAAAGCCCACUGGAUCUAAUAAUGAACCUCAUUUGGUAGAGGUGACAGCGGGUGAUGAUGUCACUCUGCCCUAUUAUAUCUCUCCUAAAAUGAGUGCUGUUGCCAUGGAAAUCAGGUGGUUUAAAGGGACAGACAAUAUCUGUCUGUACCAAAACAGGCAAGUGAAAGUGGGGAAGGGCUACUAUGGCAGAGUGAGCGUGUUCACCAACGAGCUGGAGGAAGGAAACGUGUCUCUGGAGUUAAGGAAUGUUCAGAUGCCUAGAGAUUUCGGACUGUACAAGUGUGAAGUCAUGUCUGGAGAUAAAAAAGUGAAACAUCAAGCAUCAGUUUACCCCAUAAUAAUAAAAGGUAAGGCCCAAGGGCAUUUUAGCUAUUUAAAAGAUCAGGGGCUAAGUCAAAUUUGCAGUUGUAGCUACCUUUAAAAAAUUACCUAUAUUAUAAAUAUAAUA